GUUGUUCUCCAAACACCAAUUGUUCUUGUUCGGUUGGUUCUGAAUUCAGAAAGGAAGGGAUGGGCUCUUAUGGAACAUCUUGGGCCGACCAGUGGGACGAUGGGCCUGACCCAGUGAGUCUGAGUGGUUCCAAUGAAUCGAAGAAGAAGAAGAUCAACACCGCACUCGGCAAGACCAAGGCAGUGGCCUCCACCGGGGUCAAGAAGUUCAAGGAGGGUUCCUCCGUUGGCAUCCAAUGGAUCAAAACCAAGUAUAACAAAACCACCCACAAAAAUUAAUUUACUUUUAUUUUACCCUUUCUCUCUUUCCUUGUACGUAUUAAUAAUAUCUAUUCUCGCUCCUUCAUGUUUUUUUGGGGCCUGCUACUGUGAUUUAUCCAUGUCUUUAAUCUGGCCUUUCCAUUCGUUUAUUCUUGAUCUGUGAGAUGUAUGUGUAUAGACAUUAGACAUAGGCUUGUUUAUGUACGAUCGAUGGGUAUGGUUGUAUAUUUCAUUUUCCGUUUCAUGGAUUAGUAUUGUUAUAUACUUUUUUCUAUAGAUGAUGGAGUUUUAAUCUCAAGUCUCAACUCUUCCUUCCCUGUAUGUAUGAUAUAGAAUUUUAUUACUUAAAUCGCUUAAAAUUAUUAUUAUUAUUAUUAUUAUGCGCGAUAUUAUAUAAUUUUUCAUAAUAAAUACGCAUUUUAAAAAUAUAUCCCUUUAUAAGAUAGUUUUAUGCGUCUCGUUUUGAUGCUUCAAAACAAACUAUGCGAUUAUUUGAAACCUUCAAUGGUGUUUCUUCCGUGUUGGUGUGCUGGUAAUACACGAACAAGAACUUUCGCAAUGGAUGCAUUAAAGAUCGGCAAGUUCAGAGUGCAAAACGAAACUUCCACUUGGAUUAUUUUCUAAUCGAGGCUUUGUGAAAUGACACGCUGAGGAUUUACGCGGAGAUAUUCACUCUGCAAUAUAUUUAUCUACGCUUUUUUUGCUUUUUUUAGUUGUACUUCCAAUUUUUUCCUUUAUUUAAGCUUUUGAAAAAGUCAAAUUAUUGAGUAUAUAUUUUAUCAUCUAUUUGCGCACCUGAUUAGAUAAGGACUAAUUAUUCUAAAGUUGUUAAUGGUACGCGGUUAUCUAGUCUGUUGUUUUGAAGAAUGAACUUGUUAUUUUUAUAAACGUGAAAAGAAACUUGAAGGCAGAUAAAAAAAUAAAGGU